AUGUCCUACACCUGGGGCAACCCGCACAGCGAACUCGCCCAGGUCCAGGAAACCCGGGACAGAUAUUCAGAGAAUUAUCCCCCAGAGCACAGAGAAUGUAUAUCUGUCAAAGGGAAGUUGUUAUACGUCACUCGAAAUGCGUACGAUGCGCUCGUCUCCGUCCCCAGAGACGCAUGGGCAAAAUGCUGCAACAGAGGUAAUCGGAGGAAACUUCUUCGGACAUCGCUUCAUUGGGCGUCUAUUGCCGGGAAGGAGGAGCUGAUUCAGCCGCUUCUGUGCUCUGGUGUGGACGUUGAUGUGAGGGAUGAAUGGGGCGUUACGCCAUUGAGUUACGCGGCGCAGGUGGGAAGUCGCGAGGGGGUCGAAUUGUUGCUUUCUGCUGGUGCGGAUGCGUGCAUUGCGGAUGGUCGGGGGUAUACUCCGCUUGAUUAUGCGAGGCAAGGUGGCUACGAGGAGAUCAUCCAGUAUCUGGAAGAGGUCAUGCAGAAGGGAGGAAGACUCGAGCCGCGAGUGGAUUGGCCUGAAGGUCCAGAAAGAUGGUGCUGGAUUGAUCAGAUUUGUAUUAACCAGGAUGAUAUCGCGGAGAGGGGAGCGCAGGUUGCGAUCAUGGAUCAGAUAUACAAGAACGCAGCGUUUACGCUUGUCUGGCUUGGGCCCGGGGAUUCCUACACCGAUAUGGCGAUGAAGACUAUCGAGAAACUGGAUACCGCGGCAGGAGACUUUAUCCGAAGCAAGGAGAUACAACCAUAUAGAGAGCAACCUGAGCAGAUCUACGCUGCUGCAAGGAUCCCCUACAUUUCGAUGGAAGAGUGGACUUCCCUCGCGGCCCUCUUUCAGCGUCCCUACUUCCGGCGCCUCUGGAUCGUCCAGGAGAACAUCCUCUCGGACAUCAUCAUGGGCUACUGCGGGACUCGCGAGAUCCCGUGGAAAGCAUUCCACACCGUGGCACAACAGAUCUACUUCCGGCAAGAGCUGCUGGGUCGACCGACGUCAACUGCGUUUAUUGCCCCGCAUCGGCCAGUGGCGGCUCUUGAAAGCGAGAUGGUAUAUCUCACUCAGUGGCGGGAGCGGUUGCAGAAGGGCGACGAGGCCACCGUUCCUCGAGAGCUGUCGCUGGAGAAUCUCAUCUUUGACACCUGGACCUUCAACGCGACCGACCCCAGGGAUAAGAUCUUUGGGCUUUACGGUCUGCUCCGUGAGGGUGGUACGGUCGAUUGGAAGCCGGACUACUCUCAGUCCGUAGGAGAGGUAUUCGCCCGAGCAACAAAGCAGAUAAUCCAGAAAGCAGGCGAGUUGCGCAUUCUCUCCGCCGUCCAUGACGAGUCCCUCCGAAAUAUCAUGGAUCUACCCUCCUGGGUACCGGAUUACAGCGCGAACUUCUGCAAUAUGAUGUGCGCUAAUCAUCAUGCAGCCGGAGAUUCGCCCAUGAGGUCCAUCAUGGGGAGCUCCUGGAACAAACUUCCUGUGACUGGUGUCAAGUUUGACUCGGCUCUCGCGAUAGGGAACACCACCAGCGGACCCGGUCAGAUGUCCAUGUUCUUUGACCAAAGGUGGCUGGAACUUGCUCUCCUUCUUCCUGUCCCAUAUCACACCGGCCAGACAAGAACAGAGGCGCUGUGGCGCACCCUCUGUGCGGACCAGGCGCUUGAUGGCUCAACGCCUGCUCCUCCGUCCUACGGGAAUAUGUUCAAAGCAAUGGUAUGCAGUCUCGUCUGCGUCAAAGCUGCUGAAAUAGCCCGUGCGGCAGAAAAAGAUCCAGAGAAUGUCGUUGAUCUCCUCUCGGCUGCAUACCAUGUUCGGAAGACCUGGUCGAGUCCACCUCUCUCGGAAUUGUCUGUGGAGGAACUCACGGCGGUUGUCGCGGACCCGAAAACGAACCUCAGUCAGCCAGAUCGCCAGACAUUGACUCAUUUGUUGUAUAAGAUGCAGUUCCUUGGGAUUGCUGAAGACCAGUGCUUUACACCCUCUAUCGAGGAGGUCGAGAAAGCAUACUACAGUUCCUCAUGGCUGCCCUGGGACGAGAGCGAGACAUUACAGCUUCCUGCAGAGGGACAAGAGUUCUAUAAUGCGUUAAGACGGAAACAUGGUCGACGGAGGGUAUUUGUCACUGCCAAUCGGUACCUCGGCUUGGGACCCGCCUCGAUGGCAAUUGGGGAUGAGGUGUGGGUUUUGGCGGGCUCGGGGGCUGCGAUGGUGCUAAGGGGGACUGAGACAGAGGAUGAAUUCCGGCUGGUUGGGGCAGCGUAUCUGCAUGGAAUUAUGAAUGGGGAGCACAUUGGAGAUGAUGUUAAGUUGCGGAAUAUUAAUCUCGUAUAA